CGUCGGGCCAACGCGACAUACUUUACACGACGAAGCACUUCAGACAGAAGGAAACGGCCGAAUUGCGAGUGAGAGAUUUUCGUCUGUGAAAAAUGCGCGGAUAACGGCGUUUCCCUCCCCGCGAUUCCUUCGCGCGAAAACGGACAGGAGAGCGGGAAACGUCGCGAUCAUCGCGGCGAGAUAUCAACCUUCGACGUCGAGCCGAAAAUGAACAGUACGUGACUCGGCAAGCGAAAUAUGGAGAAAACGAAGGGGAAGAGCGAUGUGCUGGAGGCUCGCGAGCCCGGCGGCAAAAAGUCCAAGUUCCGGGCGUACCUGCUGUGGCUGUUCGGCGGGCUCUUCGGGGCCCACCACGUGUACCUCGGCAGAGAUGAUCAGGCUUUCGUGUACAUGAGCACUUUCGGCGGCUACCUCGGGCUAGGUUGGCUCAGGGAUAUUUACAUGAUACCGUCUUACGUGGCGGACGCGAACGACGACCCGGCGUUCAUCGAGGAUUUCAAACGAAAAGUCCGGGCUAAUGGCAAGCCGCCGUUUUCCGCGGCGCGAUUCGUAGCGGAAACUGCCGUCAGCUACUUGUGGGCCGAGCUGUUCAGAAGCGCGAUCCCACAGGACGAGGUGUUCGGCAUUAAUUUCAAGCAUCUGGUGAUCCUAACGCCGGCCGUGAUCGCGCUAGGCGUCUGGCUAAUCGGGAAUAUCGGCCGAGAGCAAGGCUCGAUAUGGAUGGCACUCGUCGCCGCUUACCUGCCGUAUCCGACCUUGUACUACAUCGGCGACGACACCGUGUGGGUAUUCCUCAUGGUGAUCGCCUCGAGCUUCAGCUUCGACACUUUCAGCAAGCAAUGGCGAUUGAAGCCGAGAAAGCGGAAAGGCCUCGUCCGGAGGGCGACGUGUUUAGGCUUGGCGCUCAUGCUCUACUUCUCCGUGAUGGGUAGCUACUUGUACUUCAACGCAUUCGUCACGGACAGCGAAGGCGAGGAGAUCAAGCUGUCGGAAGCGAUACAGCAUUUCCUCACCUCGCCCAUUUGGCUGGACCUCAAGGUGAGCCUGGAGGCCAUGUGGAACCAGACGAAGCAUGACGGAUUCUGGGCCACGUGGUCGCACUUGGUGGAUCUCACGGAUCCUCGUGGCGAGAUAAACGCUUACAAGGUCUUGGAUCUACCGCAAACCGCGACGCAAACCGAAGUCACGGCGCGAUGGCGAAGUCUCUCCAGGGACAAUCACCCGGACAAAGUUAAGGGCUCGGAGGUGGAGAGGCGUCGGGCUCAGGAGAAGUUCAUGGAGAUUCAACAGGCGUACGAGAUCCUAUCGCGGGCGAAGAAUCGCAGACAACGUCGGAACCGCCGUUCCGAGGAGUGAACCGCCGAUGACGAUUUCCGAGGAUCGAAGUUCCCUCGAACGCCGUACUUCCACGUGCAAAAUGACGGGCGAUGCUCGCCAGCAUGGUCGAUUAUAAAUAAGCCAAUCAAAGAAACAGGAAGGAACGAUUGAUCAAGAAGACAUUUAUUUUAACAACCAUCUCUGACAGUAACUGCAUCGAUAUAAAAUCUUGUACGUAAAACGCGUGUUAUAUAAGUUAGAGAGGGAGACUCGCGAGGUGCGCAAGCUCGCAAGCUCGUUCGCUCGCCUCUGAAACUCUUCGGAACCCUUCGGUGAAGUCCGGAGGAAGCGAGUUCUCCGAUGCCCAGCACGCGUGUCGCGGCUAAAUCGACGUUCCAUUCGGCAAGACGGUGAGAGGCGACGGCGGAUCGUGAACAUGUGUGAUCAGGUGAUCCUCUCUCAGCGGAUUUCCCGGCUUCACCGCCGAUCACGCGGUGACCCUCGACGGCGCGCGGCCGCUCUCUCGUAAACUCCGCUCGCACCGUGCCGUUCCGCCACAUCUCGCGAUCCAUUAGGAGUCUAAACUAAAAAUAAGACUCGACCGUCCCGAAUGUUUACGCCUUCGGCGGCCGCCGAAGGUUUACAUCGAAAACAAUCUCGAGUAGCGGCUACCGUAAGCGUGACUCGGCACUUCGGCCAGCCGCCGGUUGCAGAUGCUGAUUUAUCGGAGGCGAUCGGUUUCUUCCGAAGGUCUUCUCUUUGAUCUCCGUGCACGCGCGUCCUCCGAGAGAGGGAAAAGGGGGGGGGGGGCAGGAAAAUGGAGCGCUAAUAUUUUUCGGCGAGGUGAAAACGGAAAAAGAGAGGGAGAGAGCGGAAAGGCUUGCUUGAAGGCUGUGUCUUGAAGAACCGCGCGGCGGAGGUCGUUCGGGCGACGAGGAGGAGGAGGAGAAGGAUCACCAGAUCGGUUUUGCAGGCAACAAUGGAAUAUCGGAUAACACGUAAACGUAUCUCGGAUAGAU